AUGACGAACCUUGAUGUAAGUAACAGUAGUACAGACAGUAGUUCCGGCUCUUCUUCGGACUCAAGUAGUAGUGGCAGUACCUCCACAAGCUCAGGGUCCGCUUCCAGCAGUUCAGAUUCAGAUUCAUCAACUUCGGACACUCCAGCAACUACCACAACUAACACAACUCCCGCACCAAAAUCCCCAGUGAAAAUUGAAGAGGUUAAAAAGAAAGAAGAACCGAAACCAAGAAGGCCUUCAAAAGCGAAAGUUUCUUCAUCCAGUGAUGAUGAAGCACCUAAACCGACAAGUCCAAAAGCCGCUCCACCCAGAAGACGAAUUUCUGCUAAACCGAAAGCAGCAGCUGCAGUAUUAGCUAAAGGAAAGACUGCUCAAAGAAUGUCUUCUGGAGCUAAAACUCCUAAACCAAUACCAAAAACAAUACAGAAGGCUCUACCAAAGCCUGACACAGGCGCGCUAAAGAAAAAGAGUAUUUUCUCACCAGACAACAGUUCAGAAUCUGAAUCCGAGAGCAAAUCAUCUACAACUAAAAGUCCAAAAACUUCACCGAGACCGAAACGUAGUUCUAGAAAGUCUAGUGAUGAAAAGGAUACGUCACCACCAACAACUCGGAACAAUAGUGCAGACAAUGAUGAUUCUAAUUCAAAAUCGGACUCUAAUAGUAAGCGUAAAAGUGUGAAUCGUUCAAGUGGGCCUCCACCUAAGAAAAGCAUUGAGGACAAGAGUGCAUCGUCAUGUAGUUCCAGUCAAUCUUCCGCUGAAUCCAUUUCGUCAGAUAGUGACAGUGAACCGACACCCAAAAAGGAACCAUUAAAGACUGGGAAGACAAAACCUCCAGCUACUAAGGAGAUAAGAGAUCAAGCGGCGAAGAGUGGUGAUUCUGGUGAUUCAGCGGUGGCCACAAUGCCAAGGAAGUUAACACGGUCACUGUCAGCAAGAGUGUCGAGAUUAGCCACUGUGUCACGAAGAACAAAUAACACGGACACUGAUUCGGAUGAGGAGAAAAGCAAUGAUAAGACAAGCAACAGCACAAGCAACAGUACCAGCAACAGUACGAGCAACAGCACCAACAGUAGCACCAUGAAGAAGAACGUCCGCGGCCGCGGCCCUCCGAUCAGGUCGCCGGUGGUACUGCCAUCACCACAGGAACCCGCCAGGCAACGCUGCCCUGUACGCGGCUGUGACUCUAGCGGACAUUUGGGCGGUAAGUCCGCAAAGCACAUGACGUGGGACGCGUGCCCGGUGUACCACAACGUGACGGCGGCGUGGUGCGUGGCGGCGGGCGAGGAGCGCGCCGCCGCCGCCGCCGCGCGCCGCCGCGCCACCGCGCUGCUGCAGGCGCGGCCCCGCGCCAUGCCCACGCUCGAGCAGCGCGCUUACCAGCUCAAAGUUAAGGACAUGCGCUCAAAAUGGAAAGGCAGUCAAGAGUUACGAGAAAAGCUAGCCGCAUCAGGUAAUGAAGAGAUCACGGAAGACAGAGAACCAAUACUUGAAGGUUUUGCCCCAGAUUACGACCUGAGACUCUUCAGAGAAGCUCAGGCCUUGGCCGCCAUCAAAAUUGAAGAGGAACUCGGUGAUAUACCUACUGAUAAAGGCACAAGAUACGUGGUGAUGGGUAAGUACAUGAUGGAGGUAUGGUACCAGUCCCCGUACCCCGGCGACGCGGCGCGAGUGCCGCGCCUGUUCGUGUGCGAGUUCUGCCUCAACCACCACAAGAGCGCCACCGGCGCCACGCGACACAAGGCCAAGUGCGUCUGGAGGCACCCGCCCGGGGACGAGAUAUAUAGAAAAGACAAUCUAAGCGUAUGGCAGGUAGACGGUCGCAAACACAAGCAGUACUGCCAGCAGCUCUGUCUACUGGCGAAGUUCUUCCUCGACCACAAGACGUUGUACUACGAUGUUGAACCAUUCCUCUUCUACGUCAUGACCAAUGCUGACCAUGAGGGAUGUCAUAUCGUCGGGUAUUUUAGUAAGGAGAAGAACUCAUUCUUAAACUACAACGUGUCGUGUAUACUGACGCUGCCACCCUACCAGAGACAGGGCUACGGCAGACUGCUCAUAGACUUUAGUUACCUCCUAACAAAGGAGGAAGGCAAGGUUGGAUCUCCGGAGACACCACUAUCGGAUCUUGGCCUGAUCUCCUACCGCUCCUACUGGAAGGAGGCUCUCCUCAAGCGACUAUGUUCAGCUCCAGGACCUACGCUAUGUAUCAGAGAUCUUAGUAAAGACCUGGCUAUUGCGUCCUCGGAUAUUGUGUCUACCCUGCAGGAGAGAGGACUCAUGAAGUACUGGAAGGGCAAGCAUAUUGUGCUGAAGAAACAGGAGGUGUUGGAGGAAGUGUCCCGGCGCGCGGCGCGUGCGCGCUGCGUGGAGCCGGCGUGCCUGCGCUGGUGGGGCGGCGGGCCGGCGCCGGCACGCUGA